CUGAGCAGCGCACAGAAAAGGGAGCGCUGUCCUUUGUUGAAGGCAUUGUCCUUGUCUUGCAUUGAGUGGCUUUCACACACCCCAGGAAAGACAUUUCUGGAAGGAGACGGUCUCAACAGAAGGAGGGAGCGCAGGAAAGAAGCCCCGGGAGCCGGCGCCUUCACGCCCCGCGGUCUGCAGCGGGAGGAGCGCGGGUUCCAUCGCGCCAGAUGGCGCUGUCUGGCUUUUCUCGGGCCUCGGGCGCCAGUCUCCAGAGGUCCCCGGCGCAGCAGCCUCUCUAGCCGGCCGACGCAGGCUCUGUGUUUCCGGGCGGAAGUGAGGCGCCGAGCGGAACGGCCUCUGGUGACAUUUUCUUGGGGGCGGCGCGGACGACUGAAGGGACUUGGUGGUAGAGGCUGCGGAGGCGGCGAGGUUCACUUUGGUCCCGGCAGGGGCUCUGACCGCGACCCUCUGCUCGCCGCCGGCGCUUGUUCCGAGGAGGAGAAGGCGGCGGUGGCCGUCGCGUCCUGAGUCACCGCAGCGGGGAGAGUCCCAGCCGGGGGGUCGGUGCGUGCCCCGACGGGGCGCGCGCGGAGCGAGCGAGGAGGCACGGAGUCGCAGCGGAGCGCAGGUUGCUUUCCUGUUGCAUCUUUGAUAUCAUUUCCUAGACUCUACUCCAUGAUUUAACUUGAAAUUCUGAAAUGAAGAUGGAGGAGUCAGUGGGAAAAGUCGAAGAACUCAUUGAGUCCGAAGCCCCACCAAAAGCUUCUGAACAAGAGACAGCCAAGGAGGAAGAUGGAUCUGUAGAACUGGAAUCUCAAGUUCAGAAAGAUGGUGUAGCGGAUUCUACAGUGAUUUCUUCAAUGCCCUGCUUGUUGAUGGAACUGAGAAGGGACUCUUCUGAGUCUCAGUUAGCAUCCACGGAGAGUGACAAGCCUACAACUGGCCGAGUUUAUGAGAGUGACUCCUCUAAUCACUGCAUGCUUUCCCCUUCCUCUAGUGGUCACCUGGCUGAUUCAGAUACAUUGUCUUCCGCAGAAGAGAAUGAACCCUCUCAGGCAGAAACAGCGGUAGAAGGAGACCCUUCAGGAGUGUCUGGUGCCACAGUUGGGCGCAAGUCUAGGCGGUCCCGAUCAGAAAGUGAAACAUCCACUAUGGCUGCCAAGAAAAACCGGCAAUCCAGUGAUAAACAGAAUGGCCGAGUCGCCAAGGUUAAAGGUCAUCGGAGCCAAAAGCACAAGGAGAGGAUCAGGCUACUGAGGCAGAAACGGGAGGCUGCUGCAAGGAAGAAAUAUAACCUGCUGCAGGACAGUAGUACCAGUGAUAGUGACCUGACUUGUGACUCAAGCACGAGCUCAUCGGAUGAUGAUGAAGAGGUUUCAGGGAGCAGCAAGACAAUCACUGCAGAGAUACCAGAUGGACCUCCAGUUGUAGCUCAUUAUGAUAUGUCUGACACCAACUCUGAGCCAGAAGUGGUAAAUGUGGACAAUUUAUUGGCGGCUGCAGUAGUUCAAGAGCACAAUAAUUCUGUAGGCGGCCAGGACACAGGAGCUACCUGGAGGACCACCGGGCUUCUAGAGGAGCUGAAUGCAGAGGCAGGUCAUUUGGAUCCAGGAUUCCUAGCAAGUGACAAAACAUCUGCUGGCAAUGCGCCACUCAAUGAAGAAAUUAACAUUGCCUCUUCAGAUAGUGAAGUAGAGAUUGUGGGAGUUCAGGAACAUGCAAGGUGUGUUCAUCCUCGAGGUGGUGUGAUUCAGAGUGUUUCUUCAUGGAAGCAUGGCUCGGGCACGCAGUAUGUUAGCACCAGGCAAACACAGUCAUGGACUGCUGUGACUCCCCAGCAGACUUGGGCUUCACCAGCAGAAGUUGUUGACCUUACCUUGGAUGAGGAUAGCAGGCGUGCCCCCUUUCAAAGGUCUCAGCAUCCUCACGCUACCUCCUGCCGCCACUUCCACCUGGGCCCCCCGCAGCCGCAGCAGCUCGCUCCCGACUUCCCGCUGGCCCACCCCGUGCAGUCGCAGCCAGGCCUCAGCGCCCACAUGGCCCCGGCCCACCAGCACAGCGGCGCCCUGCACCAGUCGCUGACCCCGCUGCCCACCCUGCAGUUCCAGGACGUCACAGGUCCCUCCUUCCUACCUCAGGCCCUGCACCAGCAAUACCUCCUGCAGCAGCAGCUCCUGGAAGCCCAGCACCGCAGGCUCGUCUCGCACCCCAGACGGAGUCAGGAGCGUGUAUCUGUCCACCCCCACCGCCUCCACCCCAGCUUCGACUUUGGCCAGCUGCAGACACCUCAGCCCAGGUAUUUGGCUGAGGGCACUGACUGGGAUCUCAGUGUGGACGCUGGCUUGAGUCCUGCUCAGUUCCAGGUGCGGCCCAUCCCUCAGCACUAUCAGCAUUACCUAGCGACUCCUCGAAUGCACCACUUUCCCAGAAACUCCUCCUCCACGCAGAUGGUCGUCCAUGAAAUCCGAAACUACCCUUAUCCUCAGCUUCACUUCCUUGCUCUCCAGGGACUAAAUCCCAGCAGACACACCUCUGCCGUACGGGAGAGCUAUGAGGAGCUGCUGCAGCUCGAGGACAGGUUGGGUAAUGUGACUCGGGGAGCUGUACAGAACACCAUUGAGAGGUUCACCUUCCCCCACAAGUAUAAGAAGCGAAGACCCCAGGAUGGCAAGGGCAAGAAGGAUGAGGGGGAGGAGUCAGACACAGAUGAGAAAUGCACAAUUUGUCUGUCUAUGCUGGAAGAUGGAGAAGAUGUGAGACGCCUACCCUGUAUGCAUCUCUUUCACCAACUGUGCGUGGACCAGUGGCUGGCCAUGAGCAAGAAAUGCCCCAUCUGCCGAGUGGACAUUGAGACACAACUGGGAGCCGACAGCUGAGGGAGGAAUUAGCCAGUGGACACCCCAUUUCCUUCACCAGGUCCCCCCACGGCCAUAGCCCUUGCAGCCAAACUUUGCCUUCUGAGCCAUUUGACAUAGAGGAAAAGCCUGCAAGCACAUUUUGUGGAAAGAGGAGUUGGUGGUAUCGGUGUCGAGGGAGAGGAGGGGGUGGGGGAGGACCCACCUCUCCGGAAUGGCGACUGUCCCCAUCCGCCUGGCUGAGCAGGAGAGAGGGAGCUGGCCGUGCCCAGCGCAAGGGCGGGAAGGAGGGGCCCAGGCUGCGGAGAACCCAGGUGGGAUCCUGAAGGCACUAGCUGACAGACGGGCCCCUCAAUCCUGUCCUCUGAAGGAUUGUAUAUAUACCUCUCGACCAUGUAGGAACCAUGUAGGGGUCUCUAGCUAUUUCUGUGGAUGGCAGCCAGAGCAUGUUAGCUUAAGAAAAAUGUUGUGUGUGGUGCUCUAGUCAUCUUGUGGUGGACAUGUCGCUAUUACCGAAUUCGCACCAAAUAUUUCUCAUUGAGUUUCUUGUUUUGGUGCCUGACUAAACCAACGACAGCCCCAAUCUUCCCGUCUUUAUGAGAGAAAAGGAAAAAGGAAUCAAAGGUAGAAGAAAAAAAGCCAAAUUCUGUUUACGGUGAAAAAGGAUUUUGUUUUUCACCCAAUUUGGGAGGCGGGAGGGGGGUUCUCGUUUCGUUUUUGUUUUUGUUUUUACCUUGGCUUUUGUUUUUCUCAUGUUUACAGUGCACGGAGUGUGGAAGGGGGUCUGGGAGAGGGAGAGCUGAAAAAGGAGCUGAUGGGGUCUUAUUCCGGCCUCUGAGGGUUCAGCCGAGGUGAGGGAAGGACAGCAGAGCUCCAGUAGGUGAAGGGAGAGUUCAUCUAGGCAGGGCUUCCCAGGCCCAGGGCUCAACUGCAUGACCCCAGUUAUAACCCCCACCCAGUUCCACACUAAACCAGGGAGGGCUCAGCCCUCAGCUACAGCUUCUCGCUGUGUUCCUGGGAGCGGAGAGGCCCAUGCUCACUCCAGCUCCUUCCUUUAGGUUGUGCUCUUGCCUGUCACAAAGAGGCAACAUAGCCACUGCCUCCCUAUGCAAAAAAUUAACCAGAUGAUGCAGAUAAGACAGCAUAGGUGAUGGCCGCUUGGUCUUGGCCACAGUGCUCUCAGCCAGCACUCAGGGCUGAGGUCAAUACCGCGGACCUUGGGGAGGAAGCUGAGCAUCCCCUGGGAUGUCUCCAGUACUGAUACAGUCCCUCAGAGAUGGCCCUGACUCUGAGGCCACAUCAGCUGGGUUUGGGAGGCCCCUCAGCUUGGUUUGGGAGGCCCCGUGUCCCUGGUCUCUGGCUCCUUCUCCGACUCUUUGAUAAUCUUGGGCAAGUCCCUUUCUUUCUCUGUGCCUCAGUUUCCUUCUCCUUUGAGUGGGGAGAGAUAACAGUGCAAACCCAUUUCUGGUCCUGCUACCUCACCUAGAUGUUGUGAGGAUUCGUAUUCUCUGUCCGGUGUGUUCUAUGCUCUCUUCUGAGAACCUCGUGGGGUGUCGGGAUGGGGGUACUGGGAGACACUGACCUGAUACAGUGUGUCUUUCUGCACCACCUCACAAUUUUCCUGAACCCCAAAGGGAGCAGAGAGAUAAGAGGACAGAAGAAUGGAGAUGGGAAAAUCCACCAAAUUCCAAUCCAAACCCAACUUUCUUUCUCCCUAUGUGGAUGACACCAGAUUAGCUGGAAUUCUGCCACCUUCCUUUGUGCCCCACCCCGGACCAUUCCCCCAUUUGCACUGCUCUCUAAGUCUCCCCCUCACCUCCAUCCCUAACCCAAUCUCAAUGCCCUCAUAUCAGUAAGACCGGGGUGAGGGGGACAGGAUACUUGUCACGUAUUUGAAGAAAUUCCAUACAGUGAAGGAAAUUUGAGUCUGUAUUGCUGCUACAAGGGUAAAACCAGUACCAAUGGGUAAAAGUAACAGGCGGGCAGAUCUUAGCUUGAGGAAGAGCUUCUUGCACUAUAGGUUCAUGUGGGAAUGGCUGCUCUGGCCACCUGCAGGCAGAGAGUGGGGGAAGUGGCUCCUGGUAGGAGAUUUCUCCCAGCACUAAUAUCUUGGUGUUCUAUAAAAUCUUUAUUGAGUGCCUACCGGUGCAGGCGCUGGGAGAGACAAUAGCUUUGAGGAGCUCGCAAUCUAGCUGAGGAGACGAGACACAUCCAAUGCUGCCAAAAUGAUGAAUAACCUGAUUCAGUGUUAGCAGCAAUGAGCAUCACAGUGUCCAACUCAGUAGCUCCAGUGCAUGAAAAUGUCUCCAAGGCUGAAGGCUGGAGAUCCCACCAGUGGGGAAAGUACAUCUGAGUCAGGAUUUUGGUGGAAAGCUAGUUACUGAUAGCCACAGGAAGUUGAGAAUUCUGCCCCAUUCUCUCCAAUGGCUGGGUGAAAACCAAGAAUUCAUCGGAAGAUGGCUUUGGCCUGGAGGUAGCUAGGGUGGUCUAGGAAGGUCAUUCCUCUCUUAAUCUCAGUCUUUCAUUCUUUCUGCUGAGACUGGCCUGAAAGGCUGGCAAGUGGGAGGGAGUCAAUGGAGAGGCCAGGAUAGAACUAGAGCUGGUGUACCAGGUUCCAGUCUGGGCUCUUCACUGACAAAGUGGGCAACACUAGAAACUUCCCUUUGUCUCUCUGGGCCUCAGUUUCCUCAGUUACAACCUAAGGAGGUUGGAUUGGAUGCUUGCUAAUUUUCUUCUGACAUUCACACUUUGUGAUCCUCCCUAACAUCAACACAUCUUCUUCAAGGUGGCAGAGCUGUGUGCCCACUCAACUGUUGAAAAGGACUUUCUUUGGGCACACACUCUGUUUCAGACUGGGCUGGGGGCAAACAUACUGAGUGAGACAGUGGGCCCUGGUCCCCUCCCCCUCCCAAUUUGCUGCCCCAGGCUAAUAUUAGGGACUGGGGAGGGGACCACCAGAAGUAAGAGGGAAGCUGCUUACUUUGGGGUUAAACCCUGAAGCCCCCCCUCCUUCCCAUCUCUGGGGACCUUGUCCACUGCAGGUGGGGACAGGAGGUGAUGGGGCACUCAGAACCCUGCAGCUCCCACUUCUUUAGCCCAGCAGCUGUUUGGGGGAGAAGAGAGGGCUGGGGUCUGUGCUUCUGCUCCUGGCACUGGUCAGGGAGUCUGGGAAGAGUGGAGAAGAGGCAGGGUCAGGCCUCAGCAUCUCACAUCCACCACCUCCAGGAGGGGAGACCACUGGUAAGUCCUCCUCCUGCUCAACUCAAGGGACUCAGACCCUUUCUUGACUGAGACGCAUGAGUGCCUUCUGGGGUGAGAGCAGCCCCAGGGUUUAAGUUGGGCGUCCUAGCCGCUGCUGCAGCUGUGCCGCCGCGGGUCCACCGAGGAUGCCAAUCAAUCAACCCAACACCACAAGCCUGGCUGGGUGCAAGCAGAGGGUGAGCAGGGGCUGCCCCUCCACCUGGCCAGGACCCCCUUCGGCCCCCUGUCGCCCUUGGCCACCACCUGUGGCAGGACUCAAGCUCCUCUUCUGCAAAUGUUCCCAGCCUCCGUGCAAGUAUUCUUAACUCUUUACGCCUAAUGAACAAGCACAGUUUUUUCAAUGGUGAAGAAAAAACACCAGACUUUUUUUCUUUUUUUCCUAAAGAAAUCCCCUAAGCCCCCCGCCUGCCGGUGGGACACUCCCUGCGUGGGGCUGUAGCAACGUCUGUCAGGCCCCCUUGUGUUUCAUCUCCUGCGCGCGUAGAGCAAAUGCUAGAGCGAUUUCAGCUGAUAGAAAAACAAAAAUGAAAAAAAAAAUACAAAAAACAAAAAACAUGGCACGUUGCUAGUUUACAGGGUUUUGUGAGUUUAAAUGCCUUAUAUUUAACAAUCAUAAUUUAUGACUAACUUGUAGAUAUCGUGGGUUCUUAUUUAAUUAUUUUUAUAGUUGUUUUGCAUUUUUAAUUAUAAUUUAUUUAUUUAGAAAGGAUACUAAUUUUUUUUAUUACUCCUAUUACCUCAUUUUGGCGUUGUUUCUGGGAGUGGAAUGCUUUGCAUGCAUUGGUACGAUGACAAACAACUACGAAUACAAAAAAAAUUUAAAUAAAAUUCUGCAAACUUUA